AUGAAGACUCUCUCCCUUGUGGCUGUCCUGCUCGUUCAAGCUUGGACUGCGAGUAGCAGUCCGAGGGCGAAACGGUCUUCGGGCUUUCAAUGGUUCGGUAGCAACGAAUCCGGCGCUGAAUUCGGCUCCGGGAAUAUCCCCGGCACUUUGGGCACAGAUUACAUCUGGCCUGAUGCGACGGCUAUCGAGACGCUGCAUAGUGCGGGGAUGAAUAUCUUUCGCGUGCCGUUUCUCAUGGAGCGGUUGGUGCCUAAUGAGUUGACCGGUGCGGCGGAUGCGACGUAUAUGGCCGAUUUGAAGGCUACGGUGCAAAUCAUUACAGAUCUGGGUGCUUACGCUGUGGUUGAUCCGCAUAAUUUUGGGAGAUACUACGGAAACAUCAUCACCUCAACAAGUGACUUCGCAGCCUUCUGGACCACCGUAGCCAGCGAGUUCACCGACAAUGACCUAGUCAUCUUCGAUACCAACAACGAAUUCCACGACGAAGACCAAACCCUCGUCCUCAACCUCAACCAAGCCGCCAUCACGGCCAUCCGCGCCACCGGCGCCACCACGCAAUACAUCUUCGUCGAAGGCAACUCCUACACGGGCGCCUGGACCUGGACCACCACCAACACCAACCUCGUCAACCUGACCGACCCCAACGACCAUCUCAUCUACGAAAUGCACCAGUACCUGGACAGCGAUGGCUCCGGGACGAGUUCGACGUGCGUCAGCUCGACGAUCGGUGCGGAGCGCAUUGCUGAUGCCACGAGCUGGCUGAGAGAAAAUGGGAAGCAGGCGGUGUUGGGAGAGUUUGCGGGCGGCGCGAAUAGUGUUUGUGAGGAGGCGGUCACGGGCAUGUUGGAUGCGAUGGUGGAUGCGAGUGAUGUUUGGUUGGGCGGUAUGUGGUGGUCCGCUGGACCUUGGUGGGGGGAUUAUAUCUUUUCGUUGGAGCCGGAUGAUGGCGUUGCGUAUGAGUAUUAUUUGAGCGUGUUGGAGGGGUAUACUCCUGGUUCAUCCUCUUCUUCGGGGGGUACGACUACUACCGCUGCGGCAAGUACUAGUAGUACCUCUGCUGCUGGGAGUGCUACUACGAGCAAGGUGACUACUACCACUGCUGCUGCUACUGCUACAUCCACGGCUGUGGCGGCGCACUAUGCGCAGUGUGGUGGGCAGGGAUGGACUGGGGCGACGACUUGUGCGGAUGGAUAUACCUGUACGGUGGAGAAUGCGUGGUAUUCUCAGUGUUUGUGA